AUGUCUCGCGUGGCUCUGCUGGCAGAGAAGAUGAACCAUCACCCGGAAUGGUUCAACGUUUAUAACAAGGUCCAGGUAACGUUGACGACACAUGAUUGCGGCGGGCUGUCGAAGCGUGACGUCAAGAUGGCCAAGUUUAUCGACAAAAUCUCCCUCUCGAUGUAAUUAUUUUCCUCUUUAAUGUCAUGUGUUUUUCCAAUUAAAGCUGUAAAAGUUA